AUGGCUUCCAGUUCCAAGUCUCAAAAGUCAGUGAAGAAUUAUUUUACCAAAGUUCCAAAAUCAUGUUUGGACUCUCAUGAUCAACCUAAUCCAGAAGAAAAUGUCAACCACUCAGAAGUACCAUUGUUUUCUUCUCAGAAAUUUGAUUUGAAUUCUUUAAAGCAUGAUCCGGGUGAAAGAACUAAAAUCUUGGACUUUCAUCCAAAUCAUUAUGAUGUUAUUCGAAGAGAAUACCUUAGGAGAGGUACUUGUCAACCUCGUCUUAAAGAGUAUCCUAAAACAAACGUUUCUAGAUACAUGCGUCGUUUUAAUCCUCAGUGGUUUAGUGAAUAUUCUAAUUGGUUGGAAUAUAGUGAAAGUAAAGAUACAGUCUUUUGUUUGAAUUUCUAUCUAUUUAAAGACGAUAAUAUUCAUCAAGGUGGGGGUGAUGUAUUUUCGACCAUAGGGUUUAAGAUUUGGCAAAAAAAGAAGAGUCUUAAAAAACAUGUUGGUGGCAGAAAUAACAUUCAUAAUCAGGCAAGAAAGAAUUGUGAAGAUCUAGAGCGACAAGAACAAUCUAUUGAAUCUUCACUUGUGAUGCAAGAUACUCAUUUUAAGCAUGAGUAUCGGCUCUGCUUAACUGCUUCAGUUGAUGUUGUAAGGCUUCUUUUGAAUCAGGGAUUGGCAUUUCGGGGUCAUGAUGAAUCUAAAUCAUCACUUAGUAGAGGUUGUUUUCUUGAAAUUCUUUCAUGGUAUUCUGAAAGGUGUGAUAACAUUAAAGAUUUUGUAUUGAAACAUGCUCCAAAAAAUUAUCUGAUGACUUCUCCAAUGAUUCAAAAAGAAAUUGUGACUGCGUGCAAAAUUGAAACAAUUAAGGCUAUCAUAGAAGAAUUAAAUGGUGAUUACUUUGCCUUGUUGGUUGAUGAAGCUUUUGAUGUGUCGCGCAAGGAGCAAAUGGCCAUUGUUUUACGAUAUGUUGGUAGAAUGGGAUUUGUGAUGGAGCGACUUAUUGACAUUAUUCAUGUUCAAGAUACUUGUGCAUCAUCUCUAAAAGAAGCAAUUGUUAAUUUACUUGCUCAACAUUCCUUGAGUCUUUCUUAUGUACGUGGACAAUGUUACGAUGGGGCAAGUAAUAUGCAAGGUAGAAUCAAUGGCCUUAAAAUGUUGAUUAGGCAAGAAAGUAGAUCGGCUCAUUUUGUUCAUUGCUAUGCUUAUCAACUUCAACUAAGUCUUGUUGCGGUUUCUAAAAAGUGUGUUGAAGUGGGGGAGCUUGUACUAUUGGUUUCGAGUAUUUUGAAUAUGUUGGGAGCUUCUUUUAAACGCAUGGAUGAAUAUCAAGACUCUCAAAAGAAAAGAAUUCAAGGGGCAUUAGAUAUGGGUGGACUUGAAACUGGUAGGGGCUUGCAUCAAGAAUUUGGUCUUACUAGAGCUUGUGAUACCCGUUGGGGAUCCCACUACAAAUCUUUUAGUAACUUUAUUCUUAUGUUUGGUUCAAUUGUUGAUGUACUUGAUGAUAUUGUUGUUGAUUCACAUUGUCCAGAUGAAAGUGUCAAGGCAAUGGGAUUUCUCAGAGCAUGUCAAACAUUUGAUGUUGUGUUCAUAUUGCAUUUGAUGAGAGAUAUUUUAGCAAUCAUAGAUGAGCUUAACAAAUGCUUACAAAAAAAGGAGCAAGAUAUCGCAAAUGCCAUGCUACUUUUUCAAGUAGCAAAGAAAAGGUUGCAAAAGUUAAGAGAGGAAGAAUGGGGUUUGCUUAUUGAUAAAGUAUCUAAAUUUUGUAUCAAAUUUUGUUUUGAUCUCAGGAAAAUAAUGAGAAUGGAUGAACAUUAUCCUGAUGACUUUGAUGAAUUUAGUAUGGGGGCUCUUGAAAAUCAACUUGCGAGAAACAUUAUUGAUGUUCGUGAUCUUAAUGAAAGGUUCUCCGAUCUAAAAGGACUUUGUGAUCUUUCAAAAAGAUUAGUUCAGACAAAGAAGCAUUCAAAUUAUCCUCUUGUAUUCCGCUUAGUGAAACUUGCCUUGCUUUGUCCAGUUGUCAUUGCAUCCGUUGAAAGAGCUUUUUCGGCAAUGAAGUUUAUCAAGAAUGACUUUCGGAGUCGAAUGAAUGAGGGUUAUUUUGGUGGUUGCUUGGUGCCUUAUGUAGAAAAAGAUGUGUUUAAUAGGAUUCCUAAUGAUGUUAUUAUAAAAACAUUUCAAGAAAUGAAACAUCGUCGUGUACAGUUGUAG